AUGAGUGUUCGACCUUUUUAUAUAAUGAUAGAUGUUGUAAACAACUGUAUUGAUAUCAAUGGAUUCUUUGAUUACUUAAAAAACACAUACAAGAAAGAAAUUAUCAUAAUAAAUGCGGCAGCUUUUGCAGAAAAAGAAACAUCUCGCCCAGCUAAAACAGAUGCAAAAUUAUCUAAUCGAUCCAAACAUGAUCCCAACGAAACUAUCAUAAAAGGACUUAAAAAUAAGCUUGACUCUGAACUACAAAAGGUAAAUGAACAAAUAAAAAAGCAAGUUGCAGCAGAAUCCAAAGGAAAAGAUCCAAAACAUUCACGAUCGAAGUCAAGGUCUAAGUCAUCCUUAGGCAAUACAGAUACUCCGCAAACUUUUCAAGGUCAAAUUGACGUUUUAAUAAUAAUUUUGAACUAUCCGUAUUUUAAAGAUCAACUUCAAUUAAUGAUGAAAUCACACAUGUCUCAUUGCGCAUUUAUUGCACUUAUACCAGAAAAUGAGAAACCACAACCAAAAUCAUACGAAUAUCAUCAACUAGAAAAGGCAUCUAAGAGUGAUAAAACAAAGAAAGUAACCAUACCAGGUCUAGAACUCGAUUAUACUAACAAUCCUGACUGUUAUCCACCAGCACGCUGGCAAUCACUUGAAUUGACAGCAAAUGACGUUGUUCCUUUUACGGAAGUCAAGGUUGGUGCUGAUUUUGAGUCAACAUUUAAGAAUCUUGAAUCAGAAAUUGUAUUAAUUUCAAAAUCAAGACAUCAUUAUGUAGAAGAUGUAAAAAACAAAUUAAAAGAAAUACCGUUAGCAACAAAUAGAGUUGAUAUUGAAGAUUUCAAGACAUAUACAUUUGCAAAUCAAGGACAAUACUUAAAUGGAUUGUAUUACGAAUUAUCUUUACACAAUUUCAACGUAAUCGAGCCAAUGCCACCGUUAUCUCAAGGAGAUCUCAUGGCACAGUUAUUUAAAAAGAACAGAGCAGAGGUUUCAAGAGCUGUUGCUUACAAUCAAACUCCACCACCUGAUGAUAUCUUCUUUGAAAACAAAAAUAGUCCUUAUAUUUGCACUGUAUUUGGCGAUUUAAUGAAAUGGAAGCCAACCGAAGAAGUUACAGUCGCUACAAGUGCAAUUAUGCCGUUCCUUAUAAAACCAUCAAAUUUCCAUGCAUAUGCUGGUCAAAAAUUUGACCAAAUGGUAUCAAAUAUGAACAAGAAAUAUGUUCUUAACCUUCCUGCUGCAUAUUUUGACUGGUCUCAGUGGACUUUAUAUGCUGAUUAUCCUUCAAUUACAGAAUUUAUUGAGGAACACCUCAAAUCCGUAUUAUUAAUCGAAAGAGAUAUGGAAAAAGAGACCGGAAUGAUGUGGGUUAUGGCAUUAGAACCAAUUGCAAGAACAAUUGGUACUGUAAUUAGACAAGAUUACAUGCCACCAAUGAUGAAAGGCAUGACUGACUACAUGAAAGAGAUCUAUGAUAAAGAGAGUCAAGAAAACGAACAGAAAAAGAAACCAUUAUCCACUAAAAAACAAACACCAGCUCAAAUUCUUAAAAAUGGUGGAAAUCCGAAAGAUUUAUUAAAGACAUUCUAUGAACAAAUCAAAGAUAAAGAUACAAUCUAUAGGUUGCCAAUAAAUCUUAUGAAUAAUACUAAAUUCUCAACUCCUUAUUUCUUCAAGAAUGGAAUGAGAGUAAGAAUCGACAGAGAUGUAACAGAAGAAAAAACAAAAAUAUCUGCAACUGUUUAUUAUAAAGACGAAUUUAAGAUUUAUAUAACAGAAGACAGUGUUACAUUAAAUACUGUUGAAGAUGUAAGAUUGACAAUUGAUUCGAAAGGUUCUAUUUCUCUUAUUUUCCUUGAAGAAUCAAUUUUAUAUGACGGAAAAGAUGUUUUAUCUAAAGGAACGAAUGAAAAAACAAUUGCAAUUGCAGGUGAUGGCUCUUUGAUUGUUGAUCAAGGAAAAGUUAAAAGAAUCGUGAUGCCAAACGGAACAAUCGCAACAUAUAAUGGUGUUAAUUGGUUAUAUGUUGAUAACAAAGGUGAAGCAUUUACAAAACAAAAUGGAGUUGAAACCCCUUUGAAUUUACCUCAUUCUUAUGUAAUUGAUGCCGAUAAGAAGGUAACAAAACAGAUAAGACCAGAUAACAUUGAAUACUAUGUUGAUGGAAAUGGUUUCAGAAGAAUUCUGAUUAACAUGGAAUUGGAUGUCGGACAAAAUGAGGAAGAGAUUUAUUAUGAAAUUCCUAAUUUACCAGUCAUCAAAUACUCCAAGACUGGUGGAUUUAUCAUUGUUAUUGAUAGAUAUACAAUCACUUUUAAUGGUGCUCAAUCUUCAUUUACAAGUGAUAGUUAUUCUUUCAAUAUCAACAAAGAAAUAGUUUCUGUAACAAUUCCUGGAGGCGAAAUGGAAUUAUCUUCUAAAAAGAUGCAAUUUAAAUGCGAUAACAAUGUCCUUAUUGCAACUGAUGAUGGAAUAGAAAGUGUUUGUGAGAUAGCAACUGAAAUUAAGAAGAAGGCAACCUUCUAUGAAACAAAAUGGGGAAAUGCUGUCCCUAUCAAAGAGAAUUUACUCGAACCAAAUCAUAUUGAAUUACACAAUUUGUACAGGCCAAAGUUUUUCGUUGUUUAUAAUGAUUUAUCUGUAACAGAGUUCUUUAGAGAAGAUGCUGUUUUGAAUGACAAGGAUUUCACAAUCAAGAAAGAAAGUUCGAGUCAUCCAUCAGGAGAAAGCAUUAAUGUUAUAACUUUGCAUUCUUUAGUUGAUAAUCCACAAGUUUAUGUGCAAGUUGAAUCAGUUAACAAAAUGCAAAGAUCGGCAAUCAUGAAAGGACUUGUUUUACCUAAAAAGAAUCAAAAGCAAUCAAAUAAGAAGAAGAAAGAAGAAGAAAACCAGGGAACAGAUUUAGAAUUAGCAGAAGGCACUACUUACGAGUUCGCUUAUAAUAAGAAAAUUUUUAUUGAUUCACUUCAAUCAAUACUUACUAGAGCACAUAGAAUAUUUGAAAUGGAGAAUACUCAUGAAGAAGAGGAAGAAAUGAGACUUGAAGUACAGCCGGUUUGCACUCCUCCUCCAAGGGUUUUGAAAGCUCAGCAAUUAGUCAACGAACCUCGUCUUGGAGCUCAAGAAUUGAAUUUCUGGAAAACUCACGAAAGUGAUUUUGCUUUCCCUGCUGAAUUCAAAUAUCCACCACCAAAACCAGUAUCACCAAGAGUCAAGUUGAAUGAUCCACCAAGGUUCUUUGAUGGAAAAGCAACUGAUGUUCCAAAAGUUUAA